AUGGAAAGCGAAAGUGGCACUCAGAGUUCAACAAAACUCAGAAAAAUCAAUAAAGGAGAUAUCUCCAAACCAAGAGAAGGAGUCCAAGAGCUAAUUAGUCUAAAGUGGAAGACAUUAUAGGAGUUGGAGACUGUUGUGGCAAAAGGCCAGAUCAUUCUUGAGGAGUACCAGUCAUGACAGCCUGGCUCCUAUCCUCUAAGCCUGCACCAAAUCUCUAGGUUAAUUUCACAAAUUGCGGAUGCAUUCAAAAUGAACCAGUUCUGGAUGAAGUAUAUGGAAUAGAUGAAGAAGAUACAUUAGUUAAAGAUGCAUUCAGCUAUCUGCACUCACUAACUGAUGGACUAGCACAGAAACUCAGCCUUAUAAAUGAAGCUACAGAGAAUGAACAGGCAAUGGAUAUGACUUCAAAGGAUAACCAUGAGGAAAUGGACAGAAGGAAAGGAAGCCAACUGGGUAGGAUCUUAAAUAGCUGUCCAUCAAAAUUUGAGAGUUCUUAAUCUUCAGUCAUAUUUGAUUUUGAUAACCUAUUGAUGUACUCUAAAUUCUUUUGUGCUUUCCCUUUUCAUAUGCUUGCCAAAAUACCCAUCAUUAGUUUUCACUCGUCUAAGUUAAAGAUGGCUGAUUUGAUUUUUCAAUUAAUAGCUUAUAUUUGCUAUUUUAUUUGCAAGAUACGAACAUAUUUUAAAUGAUUUCUAUCUAAAAAGCAACCUUUAAUUAUAUCUAAAACAAACCUUUUAUCAUAAUUUUGUUCUAUAAAAACCUGAAAUUCAUUCUCUUGGACUGAUUUUCAACCGCUUCCGUAAAUUUUUCAAGCUUCAAGCACGCGAAUCCAAAUAUAAAGAAUCGAAUAAAAGCAAGAUAAUGGCUCUUGAGGAUGCUCUUCAUUGAUCUACGGUCACCAGUAUUGGCGAAAGAUGGCUUCACCAAGAAUCUCAACAUAUUGAUUCCUAGUUAAUUUCCACAUUA